UGUCAAAUCUCGGUUCCAGCGUUGACGAUAGUUUCCAAUUUGUUUCAACGAGGAAUCGUCGUGUUUCGCGUGUUCCAUGAAUGUCGUCGAAAAUCGUUGUCUCGGCAUGGUUAGGUAAAUUUUCGAACGAGAUUUACUUCGAGCAGUGCGUCUUUCUUCGCGGAGGCCCUCUAAGGGGAUACGUCCCUUCGCUGUCGCGGCAGCUUUGAAGCAACUCGAUAAAAGACGUCGCGACGCGGUGAAAUCUUUCACCAGUAAUUCGUUUAAAGAGUGGCUCUAGCCGUAUAUCGAUCAAACAUGUACAGCAUGAACUACAUCGGUAAAUUCAUCAGCAACUUUCGCGACUUCUACAACGAGAUCAACGCGGCGACGUUGACCGGUGCCAUAGACGUCGUCGUCGUCGAACAACCGGACGGAUCCUUCACUUGCUCGCCUUUUCACGUGCGUUUCGGAAAACUUGGCGUUCUCCGUUCCAGGGAAAAAGUGGUGGACAUAGAAAUAAAUGGAGAACCAAGGCAAAUUCACAUGAAACUGGGAGACUCAGGAGAAGCUUUCUUUGUAGAGGAAGUUAGCUCUGACGGUUCUCCAACAGACACAGAAAUUCCACCUCAUCUGGCUUGUUCGCCUAUUCCAGAUGACAACUGUUUCCCACCGACACAGUUUAACAUACUCUCUGAUCUUCCUCAAGAGCAGAGAGAUAAGAUUCUUAUAGAAUCCGUUUUAUCCAUUGAGAAAGAGAAAUGGGAGCAGAUGUCUGCUCUACCGCCCAACCAAAGGGAAAAAUUCUUAAUCGAGCAGUUUUCGGAUCUUCCAGCAGAACAUAGAGAAAAAUGGCUCCAAAUUGCUUCUUUAACUGUGGAAGAGAGGGACGAAAUGUUCAGGAAACAUUUUGCCGAUAUAUCGACGUUGCAGAAACAGCAAAUGAUUCGCGAACAAUAUUCGGCUCUGAAAACCGAAGACAAGGAAAGAUUAUUCAAAGAAAAUUUCCCUGAAUUGCCUGCAGAACAGAGGCAAAAGUUUGAGAAGGCAUUGUUGAGCGAUUGGAAAAUAAAAGAAGAUGUGAAACGGGAUUCCUUGAAACCGGAGGAAGAAAUUUUUGAUAUGGAUGGUAUAAACGACGAUGAAACGCAUCCAGCUGCGUCGACGCCUAAAUCGUUCGUAGCUGUGACUUCUUCCGACAGAAUUCGCAAAAUUAGCGUGGUAAAGAACGACUUCAGACCGAUCACGAACGACGAGCAAAGCAGUGGGAAGGAAAAGUCUAGCGAUGAAUCGAACUUGUUAUGUAAAAAGAAUUCGAAGGAUGAGAGCGUCGAGGAAAACAAGAACAGUAAUUCGACGAAAAGAAAACGCAAGAGGAAGAGCAUGAAGAAAAAAGGAUCUCAUAGAAAAACAAGCAACGGCAGCAGCAGCCAGACGGAAGUGAGCGAAAACGAUGCAUCUGUUCCGGACGAAUCGCUCAGCGAAUCUAUGUUAAAGGGGCCAAAUCCAGUCACAGAAUUGAAAAACACUUCUGCUGAAACUAUGACGUCAGUGCAGGAAACGGCGGAUAAACGUCCUGAAACGGAUUUCCAUUUCUUCAGUGAUACCGAAGUUACAAAGAAUCAGGAUUCCAGGCCAUGUUCACCUGUUCAGUCUGACACAGAAUUUGAGAUGCGCAAGAUCACGCAGGAAGGCACAGAAGGAGAAGACAAGAGUCAUCAACAGAGUUGGAGAUGGGGAGAAUUGCCAAGUCUACCUCUCGACACGACACACUCGUCUCACAGAAAUUCGUUAAAUUCAUCGAUCGCUGUCAAUCAACCGAACAACACGGAGGCACACCGAUCAAUGCUCAGUGGUAUGUUCUCGUUUAUGAAGAAGACCUCUCGUGUUAGACACAACCCGGAAUCAGAGGGAAUUUAUCUUAGCGAUAUUAAUGCUGACGAACUGGAUCCCGAAGUCGCUGCUCUCUAUUUCCCUUCAUCUCACAGAGGUCCAACGGCGGUUAAAGACGGGAAAGCAAUGGACGAAGAAGAUACCGAAUCAGGUAAUGGACCAAGUCUACCGCAAAGUCCAAACAGCGUUGAGAGUGCUAUGGGUGGGCCAAAAUCAUUGGACAGCGACUUUGAGGAACCAAAACAUUCUGUAUUUGACAGCAAUAUGGAUAUUAGUUUAUCCCUUUGUGGUGGUUUAGACUCCGAAAAUGGUCCAGGCAAAGAAGCCUUUCACCAAAAUUUGCUUCAUUUCGAGGAUAUUUGCUCGGAUCCAAAAUUAUACGAGAACCCGAAUCUAGUUGUAAAGAUUAACGACAAAUUUUACAAUUGGUCUACCGCUUGCCCGAUCGUAAUGACCUAUGCAGUUUUCCAAAGACACUUGCCGCAAGGUACAAUAGAAAAUUUGUACGCGCAAUGCAUGCCGUUGCCGAUGCACGAGGAGAAAAAGGAGAAUAACAGUGGCAAGCCUGAAAUUCGUAGCGGUUACAGUUCGUGGUUUUUAUGGAGACGUUCUACUCAACCGCCUAAAAAAUCUGAGGAACUUAGUCAAACCGACGGAGUUAGGAUACAAUCUUCAGAACAAUUGAUCGAAACGAAGGAAAGCACUCCGAUUGACGAAAUGUCACGCAGGGAAAUAAAGACUGAUCAGAACGUUGACUCCAUGUCCGUUGAGACUGAGACUGUGGAACAAUGUACAACUUUAAUGUCAGAAAUCGUCGACACUGAGAAAUCUCAAGAAAGGGAAGGCGAGGGGUACAGUGGCAGCGAGGAUUCUGACAGUAACCAAAAUAAAUCGCAAGGAGUCAAGAUACCCAAAGAAAGGAGAUCUUAUUAUGAAUCUACCGAAAAAUACCGUAAAACUUUGAGACUGUCGUCCGUGCAAAUAGCGAGUUUAAAUUUAAAAGACGGAGCCAACGAAGUUGUGUUCAGCGUAACAACGGCUUAUCAAGGCACGACCCGUUGUAAAUGUCAUAUUUACAAAUGGAGAUGGGACGACAAGGUCGUCAUCUCCGACAUCGACGGCACUAUAACGAAGUCUGAUGUACUGGGUCACAUACUGCCGAUCGUUGGCAAAGACUGGGCUCAAUCGGGAGUCGCUCAGUUGUUCACGAAAAUUAAAAACAACGGUUACAAAUUGCUAUACCUCUCAGCGAGAGCGAUUGGACAAGCCAAAGUUACCAGAGAAUACCUGAAGAGCAUCAAGCAGGGAGACCUGUCGCUGCCCGAAGGGCCGUUGCUUUUGAACCCUACCAGCUUAAUCUCAGCAUUCCACCGCGAAGUCAUCGAGAAGAAACCCGAAGAGUUCAAGAUAUCCUGUCUCAGCGAUAUUCAAGCAUUGUUUCCUGAAGGCUCGAAGCCUUUCUACGCUGGUUACGGAAACAGAAUUAAUGAUGUUUGGGCAUAUCGAGCUGUAGGAAUUCCGACUAUGCGGAUAUUCACUAUAAAUCACAGAGGUGAAUUAAAACACGAGUUGACGCAGACAUUCCAAUCAUCAUACUCGAACAUGAGCUACAUAGUUGAUCAUCUGUUCCCACCUCGAAGGCAGGAUGCCGCGGAUGAAUUCAGUUCUUUCGCGUAUUGGCGGGAUCCAAUACCGGAAGUGCCGCCGCUCGAGGAACUUUACGCUCAAAUCCAAGCUACCUAAGAUUAAACGUGUUUUGCUUAAUGGCAAAACGACACUUUGUUCGUAAUACGAAAACGAUCGUCAUAUUUAGCUACUUUUUGUACUCCAUGUAUUAUCGGCUAUAGUGUUCUUGACUGGUGCGACUUUUUAAUAUAUUUGGAACGCGAUCAUAGGGUUUGGUACAUUGGAUGCGUUUCGGUUCGGUGACAGGAGCACCAAUCUACGACGAAAAUAUGUAUCCGCGACAGUUCUUGCCGUUGAUCUGAAGUGAUUUAUGAAACAGCGCGAACGUGUCAUUUAUGAUUGAAUUUAAGUACAUUCCAAUUCUCUUAGCAUAGGAGACUGUUAAUUACUAACGACUCGAAAUUUCUUUUAGGAUCGAAUUACGUCAGUCUAAGACGACGACACGUGUCUCCUUAACUUAACAAACGAAACUCGAUACGUAAUUACAGGCUUGAAAAAGGUCGAAGUGUAUCGGUUGCGUGCUAUGCUUCGCGAAACCGUGGCCCGCAUCUUUCCAUAGAAUAUUCUACACGUUGUCGAUCGAUGUUAAAAACAUUCACGAUAUCGAUGAAUAAUUACAACAUGGUGAUAAGCUUGCAUAUAAUACGGUCGACUAUGUUUUGUAAUCGUUGCGUUUAAAAAACGAUUUGUGGUGCUAGAGGAUAAUGUCUCGUUUAAUAGGCACCCCAGGACAGUUCAAAUUAAUUCGCGUUCCGUUCAUUUAUUUUUCGGUGAACUUAUCGUGUUAGGCGAAAUUUGUUACGUUUUAAUCGUAACUGUUCUACCACAGGAGAAUCAAAAACUGUAAUAUAAUUUAACAUAACUAUUUUAGUUUUAUUUUUGUCGAAUAUUUCGUUAAAGAAAUCCUUAUUUAUUUUUAUACAAGAUCUCUGUUGAAUUAGUGUGCUGUGAGAUUGCCAUAUCUUAGGAUGUAAUCGUUUGUGUAUUGUGAUAUUUCGAUCAAACCAACGCUUGUCAGAUAAACGAUCGAAAUCAUCACAGUGUACAAAGAUAAGUUUACGAUUUCGCACGGAGGAAGAUGCUUCUGUAUAGUUUCGUAUGUCGAAAUACUCCUCUUUUUUUUUUAUAGGCAGUGUGUAAGUUUCACUGUUUAAUGUAAAUGUGCUCUUGAUUCGUCGUUUUUUUAACGACACACACACACACACACACACACACACACACACACACACA